UUGGAGCUAGACGUCGGCGCGUCUGCGUCUUGCGCCGGUCGAUUGCGGGCCAGUGCGCGCGCAAACGUAAGGAGGCCGGGUGUUGAAGGCAUCUGGCAUUCCGAUCGGAGUUGUCGCCCGGAGCGGUCGGUUCUAUUCGCUGUGCUUGGCGAUCCGUCGGCAGUCGUGCCGGCGCCGCCGUCGGCGAUGGACCACGAGGAGGACAGGUCCCUGUCGCUGGGGACGGAGGUGUCAGCCUCCGUGCCCCCCCCGAGCCCCCUCACGGGAUGCUAUCUGCUGGCCGUCAUCGGCGAACCCCAUACUCAUGAGCACAAGGAGAUCAUCCUGCAGCGGCUCGUCAAAGGUGGGUCAUUUUAUUUAGACGAUACACACGCGAAAAUUCCCUGA